AUGGGCUUAACAUUGUCAACAGUUUUCACCCGUUUGUUCGGUAAAAAGCAAAUGCGCAUACUGAUGGUUGGCUUGGAUGCGGCCGGUAAAACUACCAUACUUUACAAACUAAAACUGGGCGAAAUCAUCACUACCAUACCGACGAUAGGAUUCAAUGUUGAGACCGUUGAAUACAAAAAUAUUGCAUUUACAGUUUGGGAUGUGGGUGGUCAAGAUAAAAUCCGUCCUUUGUGGCGACACUACUUCCAAAACACCCAGGGACUGAUAUUUGUCGUAGAUUCUAACGAUCGAGAAAGAGUAGCAGAAGCAGAACGAGAGCUACACAACAUGUUGCAAGAAGACGAUCUCAGGGAUGCUGUAUUGUUAGUAUUUGCGAACAAACAAGAUCUUCCUAACGCAAUGAAUGUAUCGGAUCUCACAAACAAACUUGGACUGAAUCAACUUCACCAGAGAAAGUGGUACAUUCAGUCUACGUGUGCAACUCAAGGCAAUGGUUUAUAUGAAGGGUUGGAUUGGCUGUCAAAUGAACUAGCCAAAUAA